GAGAGAGCACAAGGCAGAGACCUCAGACGAGACGUGAGAGGAGGAAGGGGCGCGAGAAAAAAGAGACCGAGUCAGUGAAUCAAGUCAGACCUGCUGAUGAGCACACACCAUAUUUAAACCUCUAAAUUUGAGAGCGAAAGAGGAGGAGAGAAGAAGAAGAAGCCCCGUCGUCAGGAUGAUGAAGCUGUGGAGCCGCGUCUGCUUCCUGGUUCUAGUUAUUUCCAGGACGUCCAGAGGACAGACCGUCACCAUGACGACGGCACACAGCGAUGAAGCUACAGGCACAAACUCAUCCAUGAAAGCUUUCGAUGAAUCUGCGAAUCAAACUGAAGCUCCCGCCACAGAGACUCCUCUACACGUUACAACUGAUCUGAGUCGCACACUAGCAAAACAUGUCACCUCCAACAGAACAGAGGAAGUCAGUGGCAGCACAGUGGCACCGAACACAACCUCACACACUGAGGCGGAGGCUGACACCAAGCCUGAUGACGUCACAACGGUUUCCAUGACGACAGGAAGCCCGUCAGCUAAGCCAGCGGCAGUGUCUUCAUCCUGGGGUUACGUGAUCCUGGUGUUGAUCAUCCUCGUGAUCGUCGUCCUGUGUGUCAUCCUCUACUUACUGCGACGCGUCUCCAGGACGUACUCGUUUGACCUUCAGCGCCCGAGUCCCAGUCACCACAACGAACCCACGGGCACCUUUGAGCCCGUUCACCUGGACGACCUCGGUGUGUGUCGCUCACAUGAGGCCAUCGACACGCGGCGCGUCCUGACUUCUAGCUUCUGUUUCAUUUUCUCAGAUCGUCCGGUCCCUAAAGACGAAAUUCACGCCGAUGACCUUUCACCUCCUCCAGUAGCCAACAGCACGAGUCCUCCAUCAGAGGAGAAGGCGCCUAAUGGAGAGACCGUGACUCCACCGGAGCAGCCUGAUGGGAGCGGCGUGGAGCCUCCCCCGGUCGGUACCUCCAGCCCCGCGGCAGCAGAGGAGCCCGCGGACCCGGCCUCCGGUGCCUCUGACGGAACCCACGCGUUCUUUGAUGAUGUGGGAAAAGAGCAGCAGAAUGAGAACAACAACAACCCCUGCACCACCGUCGGCUCCAGCGGUCCGUUUGUUGAGAUAAACCUGGACGAGCCGGCGCUGUGUGACCAGCUGCUGACUUCAACUGCAGCUCCGUCCUCCGUCCUCCCGUUCUCACCGUUCUCCUUCUCGUCGUCUUCUUAGCACUAAGACCAGAACAAAGAGAACAUCAGGACAUCAGGACAUCAGAACAGACUGAACAUUAACCCUUUCAUUUGUUUAUCGGUGCUCAGUUUGACUCCUUUUCUUCAAACAGAGGCUGUUUAUAAAAAUUACAAAUGUGUUGAUUUACCAGUGUGACUGCUGACAGAUGGUUUCAUCAUCAGCUGUUGUCUGAUGCUUCUGUUGGGACCAACCUGCCUCUGAUGGGAGUCGGUACUGAGCCUGAAGCCUCUGAUGUAACAACGUCUGUGUGCAGCGUAUAUUUGCUGUGUACAUACUGUAAACUCUGAUUCAGUGAUUCAGUCUCAGACCGUUUUACAGUCGUAGGUUUUUAGUUUUGUAAAAUUGUUUUUAUUAAGAAAUUGAUUUUUGUAGAAAAAGAAAAUAAAAAAGAAAUGAUGACACA